AUGAGCGCCAGUAUCGCCUGUCCUCCUGUACGCAUUUGUGGGCGUUUCUUCUGGAAGGGUGAUGAUCGAUUUUUCGUAAGAGGCGUUGCAUACCAAGUGCGUUCUACACUUGACCCCAUCUCGGACGAUCGCUUAGCGGAACUCCGAGAAGAUAUUCUUCUCUUCAAGGAGCUCGGGCUAAACACACUCUUUGUUUAUUUCAUCGACAAUACAAAAGACCAUGCCCAGGCCAUGAAACUACUUGAAGAAGUAGGGAUAUACGUUCUCACCGCUGUCUCAACACCAUCGAAUCCCAUUAGCCGUCUGGCUCCAAUCAAGUCCUACAACCCCGUCACCAUGGCAUCAUUCUUCAAAACAGUAAACAUAAUGGCUAGCUUUCCGAAUACGCUGGGCAUUUUGUCUGGCAACGAAGUGAUCAACAAUGAUGUUACACUGCCCGCAGCAGCUGUUCUCAAAGCCGUCUGUAAAAGCUAUGACUUAAAGGAGCUUUCAAAUGUGACUAAACCCGUUUAUGAUGAUUUGCUUCACAGAUUCAGCGGCACCCCCAUACCAAUAUUCCUCUCAGAAUACGGCAGCAACUCUCAAAAACCCCGCAUUUUUCAUGAAACAACUGCCUUGUACUCAUCCUCAAUGAGCCGCAUCUUCUCUGGUGGAUGCGUAUACGAGUUUUGGCAGAAUGCAAAUGGCUAUGGGUUGGUGAAGAUGCUGAAACCUCGGGACGACAAGCAAACCACGCACAUAGAAAGUAUGAUCUAUGAGAGACGAGAGACGGAUAGGGGAGUGGUGCUCAUUCUGAGAGAUUUCAUCAAUUACAAGGCUAGAUUGGCUGAGAUUGGCAAUAUCGGAAUAGAAACCGAAGAAGAGAGUACUGAACCAGGAAGAGAACUAGUGAAGACUGAUGUAGAAGCUAUCGAACUAUGGCAGGCUACUUUUCAAGUGCCAGAAAGCUGUGUUGACUGGGCUUCAUCAGGGAAUGUAUGA